CGGAACUACUCAGUGGUGAAGGCUGUGCGGCCACUGGGGGCCCGCCAGGGCUUUGGCUCCUUACUCAACCCAACCACGGUCCUCUCCAGCGCAGGCCGAAUUGAGGACCUAGCCUCCUUGAUGCCUACGGCCUGAGGGGGCUCCCGGGUGCCAGAUAUCUGACCCAGGCCAGGGAGGCUCCCCUGGGAGACCUGGCAGACCUGGAGGUGUGAGUCGGCUCUGAGCAGCUGCUCUGGGAGAGCCAGUCCACGGAGCCAAAGUUGGAGGGCAGCUGCCGGCCACAAGGUGGGGAGGAGGAGAGACGCAAGGCCGUCAGAUGCUUGCCCUGGAAACCAACCAUGAUGCUGUGAUGAAAUCCAGGCAACUGAGUUGUGUUUCAGCCCAAAGCAGCAAAUGGGAUCCAGCUUCAGGACCAUCAUCUGACAUAGGGGAAGAAGACUUACAUAGAAUGCCUAACCAGCACCCAAGAUCAUGUACAUGGAUGGAGCUGGAAGCCAUUAUCCUCAGCAAACUAACACAGGAACAGAAAGCCAAACACCGCAUGUUCUCACUUGGCUGGUGUCAGAGAAGGCUGAGUUGGGUACCAAGACAUUCGUUCUCUCCAGGUGGUAACAAGGACCCUCACAUGGUAUUAACGAAGACCAAAUGUUUGAAUUUCUGCUUGACUUCUUCUUCAAUUGUGAAAUCUGGAUCUAUGCAGAACCAAAAAUGAUCUUGAAAAGCCAAAGCAAUCCUAAGCAAAAA